UCUCACAACCCCCUUUCUGAUUGAUUAACCCAUUGCUUUGCUUCAUACCGCUGACACUCGAACCUCUCUAACCAUUUACCUUCUCUAACCAUUUUCCUUCUUUACAAGUUGUUUCUACGAGGCUUCAUCAACGCCAUCUAUUUCUAUGGACUCUCUGCUCGACUUCAAUUCGCUUUUCCCUUCCUAAUUUUCCAUCUAUGGCAUCUUCUUCCUCGCCUCCCGAACAUUAUAAUUUCUCUACGGUAUUUUCUUCCUGUUCCCACAAACUAGGUGAGAAUCCUCCAGCUUUCUCUGGGAUCGAACCACAAAUCCAGAGGACGAAGGUUUCUGAAUCUACAAGAUUAUAUGAUGUCUUCAUCAACCACAGAGGCCCUGAUGUGAAAGAAACUCUCGCUCUAGAGCUUUACAAAUCUCUUGAGAAGUUGAAAAUACAGGCUUUUCUUGAUUCGAAAGAGAAAGUACUUGGAGAUUCAUUUCCAUCAACCAUUCAGACAGCCAUCCACUCUGCUGCAGUUCACAUAGCUAUCUUCUCCAAAGGAUAUGCAGAGUCGGCAUGGUGUUUGGCGGAGCUGGUUCUUAUGUUGCGGAGUAGAGCUAAGACUAUUCCAGUGUUUUAUAGAGUGAAGCCUUCAGGUCUUCGUUACAUAGAAAAGGGAGUGUAUGGCAAAGCAUUCGCUGAAUAUGAAAAUAAGGAAAGGUACAUGGAAAAACUUGAGGAGUGGAAGCAAGCCCUCCAAUCUAUUUCCUUUAUUGCUGGCGAAGAGUUCAAUAGUUUCAGUGACUGUGAGAAGAUAGUGUCAGCAGUGCAAAAGGAAGUAGAAAGGAUGAGACGUUUACAUGUUGCCAAAUAUCCCGUUGGACUUCCUAAGCUUGUACAAGAUUUUGAAAAGCAGUGCAAUGAAAAGCUUCUAAAAGAUUUUGAAAGUCAGUGCGGGAUGAACAAACAAGAAGGGAUGCCUAAGAUUGUUGGCAUUUUUGGCAUGGGUGGGGUGGGCAAAACAACUCUGUCCAAAGAAUUGUUCAACAGAAAACAUUCAGAUUAUAGUCGUUCAUGUUUUCUGUUUGAUGUUGGGGAAGCCCAUGUGAAGAAGGAUCUUCCUUCCUUACAAAUGAAGCUCCUCAGAGAACUCUUUGAUGAAAAUGAUCAUCCAAGUUUUCCAAGCGUAGAUGAUGGCAUAAGCUGUCUCAGCAAUCGUUUCGCAAGGAGCCGCAAUCGGAGCUUCCUAAUUGUUGUGGAUGAUAUUGAUCACCAUGAACAAUUAGAAGCCCUAGUGGUCAGUGAUGAGCUAAAUAAUUCUGGCAAUAGUCUUGUAAUUGUUACAACUCGUGAUGUAGGAGUGCUCAUAAACGCAGGAAUUACAGUUGGCUAUAAUUUGAAAGGAAUGGAUGCAGAUGACGCGAAAGAGCUGUUUUGUUGGCAUGCUUUUAGCCGAUGUUAUCCAUUUAGUGGAUACGAGAAGCUGGUUGACCACUUCGUAGACUUGUGUGGCGGCUUACCACUGUCUCUUCAAGUUCUGGGCAGGCAUGUUCAUGGCGAAGAUAAGAAGUUUUGGGAGUUAGAAUUGGGAAAAGUUAAAAAGACGCUGCCUCAGGACAUACACAAGAAACUAAAAAUAAGCAUUGACACGUUGGACAAUGAAGAAAAACAAAUUAUCAUGGAUGUGGCAUGUUUUUUCAUAGAAGAAUUGAAGAAAGACGCCAUCAGAGUGUGGGAAGGAUCAGGCUGGAGCGCUCAACAUGCACUGCGAAGGCUAAAAAAUAAAUGUCUGGUUGAAGAAAUAAAUGUUUAUAAAUUCAUGUCAAAUAUCUUGUAUUCCUUAGAAGAUACCAGAGGAGAAUUAUUUGUAUUAAGAAUGCAUGACCAUUUGCGGGACUUGGGACGAGAAAUGGCAGAUCAACUGAAUCAUCCUCGUCGCCUGUGGCGUACUGUACCUUUGAUAUCAAAGGGAAUCAAAAGCAUCUUCACCCAAACAAAAGGUCGGUGUUUGCAUACUUGUAUAGAUCGGUCCGGGCAUUUGUAUGUUAAAUACUUUCUGGGGGAUUCAAAUAAUAUGGCUGAAACUUCAGCCGCUUUACUAUGGCUUAAGGUUAUAUUUUAUGACCAUAUAGCCACAAACAUUCCUCCGUGGAUUCGUCUUCAAAAUUUACAAACCUUAAGCAUCAUAGGUGGAGGUCUGAAAAGUUUGUGGCAGAAUAAUGUGCAGGUGCCCUUCCAGUUAAAAGAGCUGCGGAUCUACAACCAGACGGAGCUGAAGGAGUUAAAUUUGGGGUUUCUGCGCUGCCUGGAGGAAAUUACAAUUCAUCGUUGUGAGAAUCUGAAACAUGUAUUUGGAAUAUCUGAUCUUAGGAAGCUGGUAGAAUUGAAAAUUGCUAUUUGUUCGGAGCUAGAGGAGAUUAAUUUUGUUCGACCUAUGUGCCUAGAAAAAAUUAGAAUUAGUAAUUGUCGACGUCUAAUAACUUUAGGAGGAAUGUCUAAUCUUAGGAAGCUAGUAGAAUUGAGCAUUGAUCUAUGUAAGCUAGAGGAGAUAAAUUUGGCUCAACUCAGUUGCGUUGAAAGAAUUAAAAUUUUUAGUUGUGAGCAUCUGAAAAGUGUGAUAGGAAUUUCUGAUCUUGCAAAGCUAGAAAUAUUACAUAUUAGUUACUGUAAAAAGAUUGAGGAGUUAAGCCUUGUUCGACUCGGCUGUCUGGAAUUUUGUAUAAUUUCAAAUCUUCUCAGGCUGAAGAGGAUUGAAUUGAAAGGUUGCAAAAAUUUGAUUAGUGUAGACGGAAUAUUUUGGAAACUUGUAAAAUUGAACAUUUACGACUGUCCGAAGCUGGAGAAAAUACCUGGUAUAGUAAAACUGCAUUCAUUGGAAAGAAUGCAGCUCUUAUAUUGCAGCAACGAAACAAUUCGGAAUUGUUUUCUCAAUAUGGAGAAGCUGCCGUCAGAGUUUAUUAAAGUAAUUGGUAUAGCAGUAGAUGGAGCGGAGUCAACUGUGAACGAAAACCUCUUCUGCGACUUUAUUAACGCCAAUUCAGUCGUCGAAAUCGGCAUCGAUAACACUUGUAGUCAUCUGGGCAGAUACAUGGUGAGUGCAAUCAUCUUCUGCGCUGUUAUUGUGGUGAAGACUUCUACGGCAGCAAACAUGAUAAAUGAGGUCAUCUGUGAAUAUGAUAUUAAUCCAUGGUUGAAAUUUGAGGUGCGGCAAGGCGAAUGGAUGAUUACUUCAGUAAUUACCAAGGAAGAUGAAAUAAACAGUUACAUUGUAAACAAGGGCUAUUGUUUCCCCUUUGACUACCUUUGUUUCCCGGAAGAUGUAAUGGUGAAAAGGGUGACGAUGCCCGUGAUGAAAGGUGAAGAACAGAAGAUUUUGAAUGUGCUACGUACAAUUGUUGAUAAGCUCUACCAGAACUGAAGUCAAUGUAGGGUAGUCUUGGCGUUCACAUUAGUCUAGGGGAAUGGAGUCUAUAUGAUGGUUUCUUUUUGGAGAGAAAAUAUUAUUGAUUAAUAUUUGAAAAUAAAUUA